AUGGAAAAGGAGAUCUUAUCAGAUGUGUUUUUUAAAACAUGGAAAAGGAGAUCAGAUACCUGCAAGAUGAAGGGCGAUAUAAGAAUUCAUGGGAAUUCUUCAACUAUUUUCGUUUCUACAAAAAAUGUCACAAAUGCUUUGGUGACAAUAAAACCUUAUGCACGCAAAGGCGAUGCAAGUGCAAUGGAACAUAUUACAAAUUUCACCAUCAAGGCGGUCAAAGAACAAGCUGAAGCAAUGCCUAAAUGCAGCGAAAAACAUGAUGUACCAGCUAUCGUUUUUUCGGUUGGUGGUUAUAGCGGAAACAACUUUCAUGCCUUCUCAGAUAUUAUCAUCCCUCUCUAUGCAAUUUCUCGGAAACUCAAUGGAGAAGUGAAGUUUCUCACGACGAAUAGAAAUUCUCGAUGGACUAGCAAGUUUCAAAAUAUAUUAGAUAAGUUAUCAAGGUAUGAAAUCAUUGAUAUUGAUGUUGAAAAUAAGGUACAUUGCUUUCCAAGUAUGAUAGUAGGUCUAAUACAGGACGACCGAAAAGAGCUAAACAUGGAUGCAAUGAAAGAUUUCUCAAAUUUCUUGAGAAGUGCCUACUCGUUGGAUCGUUCAAAAGCCAUAAAGUUAACCAAUGGCACGACUAAAAUGCCCCGACUCUUGAUAGUUUCAAGGAAAAAUUCAAGAAGUUUUACAAAUGUGAAAGAUAUGGUUGGUGUAGCAAGAGAUAUAGGAUUUGAGGUGAUUGUGAGUGAGAUGAAUUCGAACUUGACUCAAACAUCGAAGCUCGUAAACUCAUGUGAUGUGAUGAUGGGAGUUCAUGGUGCAGGGUUAACAAAUGUCGCACCCCGUUGUAGCGGAAAUACAGGGUUAACAAACUAA